UCUGAGUGAACUGCCACACCCUGCUGUUUCAGGGUACAGCUGGCCUGCCUCUGGGGAGCACCUGUGGGGUACAGCUGGGUCGCAGGUGCCUGCUGGGUGCUGGAGGGAGGAAAGCAAGGGGGAGUAGGCAGGAUGAUGAGGACCACAGCCACAAUAGAGUGCCAGCCUGGAAGCAGGGGGACUCUGCUCCAGAUACAGCAGGGCCAGCUUCCUACUAUGUAGCCUUGGGCAAGUCACUGAACGUCCCUGCAGCUAACCCCCGAACAACAAAGGUCUGCUGGUGGUGAGACUGUUUUCCUCUACGGCCUUGGCUGGACCUCUCUCCCGAGCAUGACGUCCACAGGGGUCCUCAAAUCCAGAUCUUGGCAGCACCCCCUGCCUCUCUGACUUACAGAGCAGUGAAAAGAGCUGAUCUGGGCAGCCGCAGAUCAUUGAUUUGUCUGAGAAGCUGUUGGCUUUUGAAAUGAGACAGGAAGGAGGGUUGAGGUGGAGCCCAGCACAGGAAGAGGUGAAGAGCCCAGCUGCCGUGACAGCGGUGGGCUUGGGGGACUGCAGGAGCUGGCGGGCCGCAACCGCGCUGCCCUGCACAGCCAGCGCCUCCCCACCCUCCCGACUGGGCCUUGCUCCUGCCUUGCACACAGAUCCCGAGGGCUCGGGGCCCAGCUCUCCGACCACUGAGGCUCCCACGACGUCCCCACCACCACGCAACUGGCUCCGUCCACUGGAGCAGGGCUGAGCCUGGGAGUGCCAGGAUGGAGCAUCCCCAGCCCCCCAGUCUCGGCAUCCCUAAGGCGACGAGGUCCGGGAAUUAAGACCUGUGGAUGAGGGCUGCCGACCCGCACCCCCUGAGUUCCUGAGGCCCUGCUGGAGGGGCUGCCAUGGGCCGGACAUCCCGCCCGCUACAGGUCACAAAUGAGGACACCACAGCGCACGCAGCUCAGGCGGCCUGCCCAGUGUCCCAUAGCCGCUCCCGGCGGCAAUCCCGGACCCCAUGAGGAAGCAGGAGGUGCGGCCGGGCGCAGAGGCAGGCCAGGGGUGCGGCUCGGGCUCCCCAGCCGGGCAAGUGAAAGCUCUCGUGGACCUGCUGGCCGGGAGGAGCAGCCAGGGCUCCCAGACCCCGCAGGCCCCGGACAGGCCACCACUCGGCGAUGGCUCAAGGACACAGAAGUGCCAGGAGGCUCUGCUGAAUUGGGUGAAAGGCAGCCUGGAGCUGGGCGGCCCCCCGUCCAGGCUGACCAGCCUCCUGCUGGUGGAGGGGCUGACGGACCUGCAGCUGAAGGAACACGACUUCACACAGGUGGAAACCACACGUGGGGGCUGGCACCCGGCUAGGACCAUCGCCCUCGACAGACUCUUCCUGCCACUGUCGCGGGUGUCUAUCCCUCCCCGAAUCUCCAUCACCAUCGGGGUCGCUGGCGUGGGCAAGACCACCCUGGUGAGGAACUUUGUCUACCUCUGGGCCCGGGGACAGGUUGGCAAGGACUUCUCCCUGGUGCUACCUUUGACUUUCCGAGAUCUCAACACCCACGAGAAGCUAUCUGCAGACAGACUCGUCCACUCGGUCUUCCCGCACACUGGGGAGUCUGGCCUGGCAGCAGCAGCCCCAUCCAAAGUCCUCCUUAUCCUGGACGGCCUGGAUGAGUGUAAGAUGCCUCUGGACUUCUCCAACACUGUGGCUUGCACAGAUCCCAAGAAAGAGAUCCAGGUGGACCAUCUGAUCACCAACAUCAUCCGAGGCAACCUCUUCCCAGAAGUGUCUGUCUGGGUCACUUCUCGCCCCAAUGUGGCUGGCCAGAUCCCGGGUGGCCUGGUGGACCGGAUGACAGAGAUCCGGGGCUUUAAUGAGGACGAGAUCAAGGUGUGUCUGGAGGAGAUGUUCCCCGAGGACCACACCCUCUCAGGCUGGGUCCUGAGGCAGGUGCAGGCCGACAGGGCUCUGUAUCUGAUGUGCACAGUCCCCGCGUUCUGCCGGCUGGCCGCGUCGGCACUGGCUCACUUGAGCCGCAGCAAGCUGGGGCCCCAGGAUGCAGAGCCAUGGGCCCCAAGGACCCUGUGCGAGCUCUACUCCUGCUACUUCAGGAUGGCCCUCGGUGGGGACGGGCAGGAGAAGGGCAAGGCGAGCCCUCGCAUCGAGCAGGUGGCCCACAGCAGCCGCAAGAUGGUGGGGACCCUGGGGCGGCUGGCCUUUCACGGGCUGGUCAGGAAGAAGUACGUGUUCUAUGAGCAGGACCUGAAGGCGUUCGGCGUGGAUCUCACUCUGGUGCAGAGCGCCCUGUGUGGCUGCUUCCUGCAGCGGGAGGAGACCCUGGCCUCGUCCACAGCCUACUGCUUCAGCCACCUGUCCCUGCAGGAGUACGUGGCAGCUGCGUACUACUACAGUGCGUCCAAGAGGGCCAUCUUCGACCUCUUCACCGAGGGUGGCGUGUCCUGGCCCCGCCUGGGCUUCCUCACACACUUCAGGAGUGCGGCCCAGCGGGCCAUGCAGGCUGAGGACGGGCGGCUGGAUGUGUUCCUGAGAUUCCUCUCGGGACUCCUGUCCCCAAGGGUCAAUGCCCUGCUGGCCGGCUCCCUGCUGGCCCAGGGUGAGCACCAGGGCUACCGGGCCCAGGUGGCGGAGCUCCUGCAGGGCUGCCUACGCCCCAACGUGGCCGUCUGUGCCCGGGCAGUCAACAUCCUACACUGCCUGCACGAGCUGCAGUGCACAGAGUUGGCCCGCAGCGUGGAGGAGGCCAUGGAGAGCGGGGGCCUGGCAGGGCUGACCGGCCCCCAGCACCGCGCGGCCCUGGCCUAUCUCCUGCAGGUGUCUGAUGCCUGCGCCCAGGAGGCCAACCUGUCCCUGUGCCUCAGCAGGAGCGUCCUGCAGAGCCUGCUGCCCCAGCUGCUCUACUGCCGGAGCCUCAGGCUGGACAACAACCAGUUUCAGGACCCCGUGAUGGAGCUGCUGGGCAGUGUGCUGAGUGGGAAGGACUGUCGCAUUCAGAGGAUCAGCUUGGCUGAGAACCAGAUCAGUAAUAAAGGUGCCAAAGCUCUGGCCAGAUCCCUCCUGGUCAACAGAAGUCUGACUGCUCUGGACCUCCGCAGCAACUCCAUUGGACCUCAAGGGGCCAAGGCUCUGGCAGAUGCUCUGAAGAUUAACCGCACUCUGGCCUUUCUGAGCCUCCAGAGCAACGAGAUCAGGGAUAAUGGUGCCAGGUCCAUGGCUGAGGCGUUGGCUACCAACCGGACCCUCUCUGUGCUGCACCUACAGAAGAAUACCGUCGGGCCUGUGGGAGCCCAGCUGAUGGCGGAGACCCUGAAACAGAACAGGAGUCUGAAGGAGCUCAUAUUUUCCAGUAACAGCAUCGGUGACGGAGGUGCUGAGGCCCUGGCUAAGGCCCUGAGGGUGAACCAGGGCCUGGAGAAUCUGGACCUGCAGAGCAAUUCCAUCAGUGACACGGGAGUGGCAGCCCUGAUGGGGGCCCUCUGUGCCAACCAGGCCCUCACCAGCCUCAAUCUUCGAGAAAACUCUAUCAGCCCGGAGGGAGCCCGGGAGCUGGCACGAGCUCUCCGCAGCAACAGCACCCUAAAGAACCUGGACCUGACAGCCAACCUCCUCCAUGACCAGGGCGCCCAGGCCAUCGCGGUGGCAAUGAGAGAAAACCAGGCCCUCACGUCACUUCACCUGCAGUGGAACUUCAUCCAGGCUGGUGCUGCCAAGGCCCUGGGACAAGCACUACAGCUCAACAGAAGCCUGACCAGCCUCGAUUUACAGGAGAAUGCCAUCGGGGACGAGGGUGCGUCUGCAGUGGCCAGCGCGCUCAAGACCAACGCGACCCUCACUGCUCUCUACUUGCAGGCGGCCUCCAUUGGGGCCCGGGGCGCCCAGGCGCUAGGGGACGCCCUGGCCGUGAACGGAACCUUGGAGAUUCUUGACUUACGAGGAAAUGCCAUCGGGGUGGCUGGAGCCAAAGCCUUGGCAAAUGCCCUGAAGGUGAACUCAAGUCUCCGAAGACUCAAUCUUCAAGAAAAUUCCUUGGGGAUGGAUGGGGCGAUAUGUGUCGCCACUGCACUGUCUGGAAACCAUGGCCUCCAGCACAUCAAUCUCCAGGGAAAUCACAUUGGGGAAUCUGGUGCCAGGAUGAUCUCAGAGGCUAUCAAGACAAAUGCUCCUUCAUGCACUGUUGAGAUGUGAGCAAAACAAGUUCCUGGUGGACCUGGCAGGACGACAGACAGACCAACAGCUGGAAGCUUUUGAAUGGAAAGACAAUUUUCCAGGGUUCCUUCCUGUGGUCUGGGAAUGAUGUUGACCCACACAAUAGCUGGUCUCCUGCAAGGAGGCAGGAAAGGUGCUGCCAAAGAGGUCACGAGCAACUCUCUCAGUCCCCGGUCAGUCCAAGCAGGGGUGAGAUGGAUUCUCUGCUCUGGUGCAGAGAAGGGAUGUCCCCACCAAGGACACAAGCUUUAAAGCUCAGCAGGUAAGAAGCUGGUACAAGCUUAUUUAUACCCUGAGGUCUUCAUGUGCCUCUUUUAUUAUUAUUUCCCUUCUCCACUUGUUAAAAUCACUCCUCCCCACUCUGAAAGGAGCUUCCAUCUUCAAGCCUAUAUAGGGUUAUCAACUUGGCAUCGGUGACAGAGGGACCACUCUUUUCUCAAGAAGACUAGAACAUUUUAGGUCUACGAUCAUUAGAAACACAUGGAAAAAUUGAUAAUUUUUGAAGAGAAAUUACAGGAUUCUGGAGACAAAGACAAAAAGAGGUUCUCCAAGGUUCUUGCCACCUUUAUCUAUUACGAAAUCUCUCAAUGGCAUGGAUUAUGUCUGGCAUACAUUAUGGGGGAUCUGGCAUGCUGGUUAUCAAUGGCACAUUAAACACUGAUGCCUUAAUGUUAUCCUAUACUGGGCUUCCAAAACCAUGACUGUGCCUGCAGCUUCUCCGUGAAGGCCAGCAAGCUGAGCUUCCAUAUGGUCCAAGUUGCCUCAGGUGUGUGUCUGGGAUGAAGGGAAAAAGACCCCAAUGGACACCACAGUUCUCAUCAAAUAAAUAACCAAGGAAAAUGCUUAUAAAGAUUAUAAAGUCAUUACCAUUUUAAAGUUUGAACAGGAAGCACACUUAUUCCAAAUGUGCCUUCAAAAAUGAGGAUUCAGGCAAAAAUCCUCAAUGGAUGCUAAAGCCAUGGAUAAAAGCCUAUCGAGGAAGAAGAUAACCACCAAGUCUCAAAAUAUCACCCCACGAGUGAUAGUUACAAAAGAUGGACAAUUUUACAAAUGUUUUCUUAACAAAGUUAUUAAACCUAACAUCACCGAUAAUGGGACAACUGGGCAUGCUGUGCCCCUGAUGUGAUGCACUGAAGACACAUCAUGCCAAAAAUACUGAUUUGAAUCUUAUCAGGAAGGAACAAUCAGACAAAAUCCAAACAGAGAGGCAUUCUGGAAAAUAACAACAAAAACUAGCGUAACCUCUUCAAAACAUGUCAAUGUUAUGAAAAAUACAAAAGGCUGGGGACUAUUUUAAAUUGUAGGAGAUUAAAGAAACAUAACCACCUACUGCAGGCUCUCUGAUUAGAUCUUCUACUGAAAAAAAUAAUCAGCUAUAAAGAAAAGUACUUGGAAAUGGGGGACAUCCAAACGCAGGUCUUGUGUCAUAUUUAUUUGGAUUGCUGUGUUUUGGAAGAUUUUUUUUUUGCGGGGUAUAGAACCUAAAGGCUGGUAUUUGGCCCUUAGUACUUUCAGGAUGUUGCCAUACUGCUGUCUGAUUUGCACAGUGUCUGAUUCAGUUGAGAACAAGACAGAACAAGAGUCACAGUUGCCAAAUGCUAGAGAAAGCCGUGUCUUGCUGGAAUCCAGCACCAGCGAAACCUCAAGGGCCAAGGCAGUGGAGAAAAAUCAUGCUCCCCAGGGCCCUGUAAAGCAAGCCUCAUCCCUUCCUUCUCCGAAGUCUCCCUGGCAGCCCACUGACCAGCCCAUGCUCUUGCCCACUGGCAAAGCAGAGAGGUUUACAAGGAAUAGCUCUACCAUCGCAGGGAGGGCCGAAAGGUGAUCUGGAGCUGAGGCGACACACCAGUAGCCAGCCCGCUGGGACUCUUCUUUUUGUUUUUCAUUCUGAACCAUUUCUAUUGCUGUGUCUGCAGGGCCGGUAUCUUCUCUUCUGUGGGCCUCAAUCCCAGCUCACACAGUCUUUGUCUCAUUUCUUUCAUCUCUAUAAGCUUUGAGAUUUAUGUCUUAUCACCUCUUAAGAUGUUCAUGCCUCCCUCCAUCAUCUCAGUAAAAAACUAUCUGAAUGCCCUUUUUUUAAAAACUAAUUCUAUCAUCUGUUAUUUCUGGGUCACUUCUGGGUCUGUUUAUUUUUCUCAUUAUGAUAAUUUUUAAUUGGACACCAGACAUUGGGAAUUUUAUCUUGUUGGGUAUGGAUUAUUUUUAUAUUCCUUAAAAUUCUUGAGCUUUAUUCUGGGACACAUUACUUAGAAACAGCUGGAUACUUUCAAUGCUUGCUGUUUUAAGUUUUGUUAGCCAGGAAUAGCCAUCCUUAUCUUAGGGCUACCGUGGCCUAACUUCUGAGGCAUUGUCUCAGUAUUCUGGGUACUUACUCCACCUGAUGCCCAAGUCAAAAAACUCUUUUGGGUCCUUAUCUACACCAGAUGCUGUAGAAAUCCAGGUGUAAAAGAUCAUGACAUCAACCAAAGCCAUCUUACUUUUACCAGGCCAACUGGUUAUCUGGUGUGUUUAUUUUCAAUAGGCAAUAUGGAUUUAAACAGAAUGACUCCUAAUGAUGCCUUUGCUUCAUCAAUUAAUUACACACAUUCUCUCUCUUAUAGAUUCAACCGCUCUCAUUCCACAUGCUAGUUCCCUCCAGCUAAAAAGUCAUCUGAACAGGGCAGCCCCUGUGGCCCAGCAGUUUAGCGCUGCCUUCGGCCUGGGGUGUGAUUCUGGAGACCGGGGGUCGAGUCCCAUGUCGGGCUCCCUGCAUGGAGCCUGCUUCUCCCUCUGCCUGUGUCUCUGCCUCUCUCUCUCUCUCUCUCUGUCAUGAAUAAAUAAAUAAAAUCUUUAAAAAAAAAAAAAGUCAUCUGAACACUCAUCAACACUCACUGUGUUCACUUCAAAUUCUAACCUCUCUUCACAUUCACUGGCUAUCUGACUGCUCUUGGCUAAGGUCAUCGGAGAUUUCCUAACUGACAAUUUCAGUGCCCUCUGUCUCAAGCUUAUUUACAAGGAUUUAGCACUUACUCAUCUUUCCCUUCUUUGGAGAUUCUCCUCUGCCUUGGCUUCCAUAACAGAACUGUCCAGUCCUCCACCUUCUCGUUACCCCUCUUCAAUACUCUUUGGAAAAUAAAAAAAUUUUUUUUCCUAAUCAUUAAAGUAAAAUACAGUCACUUUAGAAAAUACUUUCCCAGUCUCUUUUUCUGGCUCCUUGUGGCCUUUGCCCAUGAGACACAGGCAUUUCUCAGGCUCCCAACCUUGGCUCUCUUUCCAUCCCAUGUGUUCUCCCCCAAGGAAUCUCACAGGAAAAUAAUCCUCAAACCUGUCUCCAGCCCUUACCCUUUUCCUGUCUAUAUAUUUAUCUUUUGAGAAUUUCAUUUCAUCAAAAUAACAUUCAUAGUAAUACAUAUAGUUUAAAAAGCCAAAAAUUAUUAGGUGUAUAUUGGAAAACAGCAGUCUCCUGUUUUGUCCCUCCCCUUCCCAAAUACCCCUACUCCCCAAACUAAAUGUCUGACGUGUACUAUUUCUUGUUUUGUCAUCUUAGAGAUUAUCUCUUGACUUCUAAGUGGGAAAGGACCCUUGGAUGUAUAUCAGCUAACAUCCCCACUUUUUGUUUCUCCAUCCUCUCAACAGAGAGCAUGAUUUUUGUUCAAACCAUUAGUCUCCAUCUUAUGCCUUUAUUAGUAUUGAUCACUCCUGAGCCACUCUCCUGUUCUUUUUAGAAUAGUGCAUCUUUUAAAAACUUAGUUUUCUAUGUCACUAUUGCUUAAUCCUUUCCAGACUGCCCAGCAGAGGGGUAGAGGUCUACAGUCAAACACUGUGUCUCAGACACACAGGUUUCCCAUCAGGUACAUGUUUCUGUUAUGAGCUCCCUUCCUGACUUCGGUGUCCCCCUGUUCCAGUCACAUUCUCAUCGCAAGGGCUUCUUCUCUGGGCACAUUUAGUUCCUUUCCAAUUCUUCCAGUCAUGGAUUCUAGCACCUGAGUCUCCUGGGCCCAUCCGACAGCUGGGAUACGGAUGCAGUGGGUCCUCCCAGACGACGGACACUGAUAUUAUAGUUUACAACGCUAGUGAAAGAGCACUUGCAGGUCUUCUUCUGUCCCAGCUAAAAGGGAAACAGUUCCUCACACUGCCGAUUGGAAGUCCCUGGACUUUGUUCUCACAGCUGCCACCAAUAAAAAUUAAGGACUUGAAAAAUUCCUCUACAUUUUCUGUCAAUAUAUACGUUGUAAAGCAUUUUAAGAGGUCCUUUAAUUAUAUAGUUAAAAACAAGAGCAACUGUCGAAAAUGAUCUAAAUACUGGUUUUUCACUGACCUAAUCACACAGUCUUAUCUGGGGCUCUGAUGCUUGGCCAAAGCCAGUGGCAAGAGGUCAUAUGGCACUUGGCACACUCAACUGCUGUACAGUGACAGACGUACAUUCAUAACUACGAUCAGGUUCUUGAAGCUCCUUGGUUGAAAGAAGCUGCUCUAGGAAGGAGGUGCCAUUCCACAGUGACUGCCCCAAGUCAGUUAACCAAAGCAUCGAGGGAUGAAGGAUGAUGGAGAAAGAGGUGAAACAAUAAAUGGCCCAUCGCACGGGCACCUGUGUAUGUGUGUAGGGGUGGCCUGCUGCGUGGGCCACACUCUCAUGUUAAUGCUCAUUAGUAGAAAAUUAUCACACGAGGAAAAGAAAAAUACAUUUUUUUGUUUUGAUUUGGUUUUGUUUUUCAAAAUAUAAGGCAGGUCAGACUCAGGGAAACCAAAACUAGAACAUCCAAGAAGACACAGUGACUUGCACCUCAGAAGCCACAGCAUCUGAGGGGGUUGGCAUGGCUCCCGACACUCCCAUUCCCUUUUUAGUUCAUUUCAAUGAUGACACAUCUCAAUCGCUGGUGAAUUAACUUAAUGCUGAAUGUUUAAAAAAGAGGGUAAUCUAUGUAGAAGUUAGGAAAAGACAGAGAAAAAAGCAAAGAUGAUAGAAAUAAUUGUCACACUGUCUCCUAACAAUUUAUAUGCUACCAUAGUAACGUGUAAACUUCUCCUAAGUAUUUAUGUUAUAGGUGCAAAUAAACAAUAUAAUUACA